AUGUGGAUUCAGAAUGAGACCUCCGUGAAUGAAUUCAUUCUUCUUGGCUUCACCAGUCAUCCAACAUUGCAACGUAUCCUAUUGACGCUGUGCCUAGUCAUAUAUCUCAUCACUUUAUUUGGCAACAGCCUCAUCAUCUUCUUGGUCUGGGUUGACUCCCGCCUUCAUACAGGAAUGUACUUUUUCAUUGCUAACCUUUCUUUCCUGGACAUAUUUGGCACACAGGUCACAUUCCCCCAGAUGCUGUUCCAUAUGGCCUCCAGAACCAAUAAUAUCUCUUUCAACAGAUGUAUGGCUCAGCUCAUCCUGAUGCUGUUCUGUGGGAUGACUGAGUGCUUCAUCCUGGCUCUCAUGGCAUAUGAUCGCUACGUGGCCAUAUGUCAACCACUGCGGUACCCAACCAUCAUGAGGAUGCAAGUGUGUAUCCAGAUGGCAGGAGCCUGUUGGCUAGGAGGCUUCUUCAAUGCUGCAGCACUGACAGUUGUCACCAUAAAUUUCCCCUUCUGUGGGCCCAACCAAAUCAACCAUUUCUUUUGCGAGGAGCCAGCUGUGUUGCAGCUGGCUUGCAUGGACACCUAUAUAGUAAAAGUCCUUAUAUUUGCCCUGAGUGUCAUUGUGCUCAUGUUGCCUUUCACUUUUAUAGUGAUCUCCUACAUCCACAUUGCCAGGGUGGUGUUCAGUAUACACUCAGCAGAGGGACGGCAACGAGCUUUUUCCACCUGUGCUACUCACCUCACUGUUGUCACAUUGUUCUACACCACCAUCAGCUUCACUUACUUACAGCCCCGGUCUGAACGAGCUGCAGACCAGGAGAAGAAAGCUUCUGUUUUCUAUGCUUUUUUCUCCCCAAUGCUGAAUCCUGUCAUUUACAGCCUAAGGAACAAGGAUGUUAAAGGAGCCUUGUUUAAAGUGAUGGGGAAAGUAAGCUGA